UUCCCACAGACAAUAUUUACUUGCUCAUUUCAUAUUCAUAAUCUGUAUUCAAUCAGCAAAGAAGAUAAAUUUUCUCUUCAGAAACUUUCAAGGAAGAUCAGAUCAAUGGCCGAGAAGAAUCAGCAGGGGCAUGCAUCAGCAAAUGGCUACUCCAGAAGUACCGACCAAGAAUCAUCCCCCUUCCAAUCCGACGAGGAGCUCAAGCGCCAGAAGAGAAUCAAAUUGUUCACCUACAUUGGUAUCUUCAUUGUCCUUCAAAUCAUAGUGAUGACCGUAUUUGGUCUCACUGUGAUGAAAGUUAAGACUCCGAAAGCCAGAUGGGGUGAAAUCAGUGUUGAAACCCUCAACUCUGUCCCUGCUACACCUUCGUUCGAUACAACCUUUGAAACGCAGCUAAGGAUCAAGAACACAAACUGGGGUCCUUACAAGUUUGAGGCAGGCACUGCCACAUUUUUGUACCAAGGCGUGACUAUUGGGAAAGUUGAUAUUCCUAAGAGCAAGGCCGGAAUGCGUUCCACUAAGAAAAUCGAUGUUGAAGUGAGUUUGAAUACUAAUGCCUUGCCAAGCAGUUCCACUCUUGGAACUGAAUUGAGCAGCGGAGUGUUGACGCUGACCAGCCAAGUUCAACUGAAAGGGAAAGUUGAGUUGAUGAUGAUAAUGAAGAAAAAUAGGAACGCUUCUAUGGACUGCACAAUAGCAUUUGAUUUGUCUACGAAGACUGUCAAAACCCUACAAUGCAAGUGAUCGUCAUCUAUGAGACAAAUAUAUACAGUAAAUGGAGCGAUUUAAGCUGUAUCUACAGAUAGCAGUUGGAUUGUGAUAUGAUGAAGACCAAACGAUAUGUUCUUUUGAAUUCUUUUAUUCAUGAUUUGUGUGAUAGUUGGCUCAGUUAUGUUUGUUGCAGGCUUUUGAUUAUAAUGAUAUGUUUCUGAUGAGUAUUAGUGCGGCC